AUGAGUGAUUACGAUGCCGAUGCCGAUGACGAUGAUCCACAUCGAGAUAACAACAACAACGGGAAGAAGAAGCGUCGACUAAAUGAACAAGACGAGGAAGAAAAGGAAAAAGGAGAAACUGACAGAGACUUUUAUGACAAGAGCAAGUUUGACCACCUAUUUUCAGGGUUGUCAAUAUGGUUGGAGUUUGAGGAAAAUGGAGACUUGGACGAUCAAAUGAAAGAUUUGCAGCUCUCUUGUGGUAGUAAAGAAUGCGGUGUCCACUCAUUUCUCCCCCAUGUGACAAUCCUUUACAAUGUAAUUGACAAGAAGGCAGCAGAUGGGACGAGUCAUCAAGUUAGUAAUGCAGAAGCAACGUUAAAGGAAUGUUGGAAAACGUUUGCAGCCACAGAAGAAAGCAAAGGGGACGGUCCACAAGAAGAACAUGGGAUAGUGACAUCAAAAGAAAAAAUAUCUUCGCACAAGGUAUCGGCUUCUGAUUGGAUGUACUUCCAUUAUCCAAAAUCUGCUGACAGUGGCAAAGGAUUUGGAUGUUCAAUCAGCUUGCUUUUAAUCGAGAAAUCAUCUUGGUUGGACAGAUUGCACCAAGUGUGCACCAAUGCCUUUGGUCAGGGGGAUCGAGAUAAGUUCGUGCCACAUUUGAGCUUGGUAUAUGCCCCAGAAGAUAGAGAAAAACUGCUAGUUGAGUAUACCCAAAAGCAACGAAAGAAAGGCUUGUUCCUGAACGAGCCAAUGGCCGUCAAAUAUCUUUCCUUGUGGAGUACAGAAGGCAGAAUAUGCGACUGGCGACCGAUUCUCAAAAUACCUGUAUGA